GAUAUCGUGCGCCAUUCUCUGCCAACUUCACACGAGACCUCGCUGUCACAGAAAAAACUUCACCGAAGAAAAACUCGAGACAUUUUUUCCCAUUGGAUUUUCCGUGAAAUAGUGCCGGAAAAAUGGCAUCUCGAUUGCUUAAAUUAUCAAAUGUGAUCCGUGCUACCCAGCAAUAUCCUCAGCUCCUGCAGUUCCGGCGAGGUCGUGCCACUUCAGCAUCCAAUUUGCACGCUGCCCUGGUGAACCUCCCAGCCACAAAUGUCACGACAAUGGACAAUGGUCUGCGUGUCGCAACGGAGGAUUCCGGAGCAGCAACAGCCACCGUUGGCUUGUGGAUCGAUGCAGGAUCUCGCUACGAGAGCAACAGCAACAACGGUGUAGCUCAUUUCCUGGAGCAUAUGGCCUUCAAGGGCACCUCCAAACGCUCCCAGACGGAUCUGGAACUCGAAGUGGAGAAUCUAGGCGCUCACCUGAAUGCCUACACUUCUCGCGAGCAGACCGUCUUCUAUGCCAAAUGCCUCUCAAAGGAUGUCCCAAAAGCCGUUGAAAUUCUCGCUGACAUCAUCCAGAACUCAAAGUUGGGCGAGAGUGAGAUUGAGCGUGAACGUGGAGUGAUUCUGCGUGAAAUGCAGGAAGUCGAGAGCAAUUUGCAGGAGGUUGUGUUUGAUCAUCUGCACGCCACUGCCUUCCAGGGCACUCCACUGGGCAACACCAUCCUCGGCCCCACGAAGAACAUCAAGUCCAUUGGUCGCCAGGAUCUCCAGGACUACAUCUCGACGCACUACAAGGCUGCCAGGAUUGUCUUGGCUGGAGCUGGAGGUGUCAGGCAUGAGGAUCUCGUGGGUUUGGCCCAGAAGGAAUUGGGAAAAAUCCAGAAUACCUACGACGGCAAGAUCCCCAAGCUCGACCCAUGCAGGUUCACUGGUUCUGAGGUGCGUGUUCGUGAUGACUCGAUCCCUCUGGCUCAUGUGGCCAUCGCAGUUGAGGGCUGUGGAUGGACCGAUCAGGACAAUGUGCCCCUGAUGGUGGCCAAUACCCUGAUUGGCACAUGGGAUCGCUCUCAGGGCGGCGGAGUCAAUAAUGCCUCCAAUUUGGCUCGUGCCAGUGCCGAAAGUGGCCUCUGCCACAGUUUCCAAUCCUUCAACACUUGCUACAAGGACACUGGUCUUUGGGGCAUCUAUUUUGUGUGCGAUCCUCUCAAAUGCGAGGAUAUGCUCUUCAAUGUUCAGAGCGAAUGGAUGAGACUCUGCACAAUUGUCACGGACAGUGAAGUGGACAGAGCGAAGAAUCUUCUCAAGACAAAUAUGCUAUUGCAAUUGGAUGGCACAACACCAAUUUGCGAAGACAUUGGCAGGCAAUUGCUCUGCUACAAUCGACGAAUUCCCCUUCAUGAAUUGGAGAGACGAAUUGAUAGUGUCAAUGCACAGAAUAUUCGCGAUGUGGCCAUGAAAUACAUCUACGAUCGUUGUCCUGCGGUUGCAGCUGUUGGUCCAGUUGAAAAUCUACCAGAGUAUAAUCGCAUUCGAUCAUCAAUGUAUUGGCUCAGACUCUAAAAAGGGGAAAGGAAGGGAGGAAGUUCCUUUUUGGGGAGGAAGAGCAAGAAUUGAGUGUGUUUAGCCGAUUAAAGAAAUAAAUCUUACAUUUAAUAAAUUAUCCCCUCGUUAAUCAA